AUGCAGAGCUGGAAGAAAGUUCGCCUCUUCCGGGAUCUCUGGCUGCCAGAUCCUGAGCAAGCUUUGUCCAGCCAGGAGCUGAUCUAUGUCCAGAAGCUCAUUCCUCUUAUCCAAGGUCUCGAGAUGCAAUGGGACAGAGAGCUGAAAGAAGCGGAUGGUUGGAAUCUAGAUGAAGCUUAUGAGCGUCUUCAAGAGAAUGAAGCCUCCUGGUGGAAGGCGCGAGGUGUCACUCGACCCAGAGAAUUCUUGGUUCGCCCGAGUGGCAAGCUGAAUGCUCCAGUUGCGUGUCACUUAUACAAUCCCACAUUCUCUGUAGAUGACCCCCGUUGCCAAAAAACCGAGGACCUUUCAAAUCCCUCAAUCGCCCAGCUCCAUGACGCUGGGUUUUCAACAACAAACAACUGUUUGCUUUUUGAUCAUCUGGCUCGCAGAGAUAUCAGCAGACACUGCAAAGAUAAUUAUCCCGAAGAUCUCUUCGACAUUCAUGAACAGUUUGUCUCUGCGCUCCGAGUCGCAAUGAAGGCAAAGGUCGAGAUCUGCUGGGGUGCCAACGUUCGCCAACGAAUGCUCAAGAAGCUUGACCUCAAGCCUUUGCGUCUUUGGGGUGAUUUUGCAGGCUUGCUUUUGUAUCUGGAGCUGACGCCUGACAAAGCGUCUUUAAGACGUUUUAUCAUUUUUGUCGCGCACCCUCAGCGCUUUAUGUACGUAAAGAGUGACGGAGAGAAGACUCAAGGUUGGCGUCGCCGAUUCGGCUCACCACAAGAUCAAGCGUUGGCUCUCGCUGCUAGCUUGGGUGGCAUCCAAGUUUCACCAAACUUUUACGAGCUAGAUCCUCGAUUGCCUCGGAAUCUAUGUGUGCCACGAACAAUAAGCGCUAAAAGAAAUGAGUGGAAAGGCCAAGCUGUGGCCCAGUUAAAGAAAGCUUUCCCUGGAGCUAUUCUUUUUGAGGAAACAUCACAUCGCAUCCGUGCUACAAAGGAAGAGAAUUUGUCUGUUCAAAAAGUGUUCAGGCUUCUGGCUCAACUCAAACCUGGCCAAGUAAGUGAAACUGCCAAUCUGCCAAGCACUACAGACGACACGAUCCUGAGGAAUGACCGCCUUCGCAAGAUAGCGAACUAUUGGCAUGAUCUGGGGGAGCUUCUAUCUGCGUUCAUUCCCCAUAUCACUAUCACCGCUCAUCACAUAAAAGUCAUCGGCGCACGAAGUGUCGGCUAUUUUUCAAGCGAAUUUUCUACGGAGUUUCAACUGUCAGAUUGCUGGGAUUGGGAGGAUCUUCCUGAUCCUCUGGUUGAAUUUAUGCAGGCACAAGAUGGUCUAAAAUUCAAUAGGCGCAAGAUAUCGAGUCGAACUGAUCUUGAGGUUGCCUUCUACCUCCUCCAGAAAUGCAAAGGUAGCCCUGAGACUUUAGACAUUCUCACGCUCGCAAUUUCAGUCUUGGCUGCCUACGGUUGGAUGAUUGCUCGCCCAAGAAAGCCCUGUGUCGAUGAUAUGCUCAUUCUUCGCAAAUCUCCGAAUGAUAUUGUCCCACGAAAAUGUUCUGAAUGCGGUAAGGAGCAACUGGACGACCCCUUUGCCUACUGGUCAAAGUUUGACCCGAGUCGUUAUGUACUUUGGUAUCAUUUUCGGUCCGGCUGCGGCAGGCCAGAUUGCAAGAUGCAAAACGCUAGCCUCCUACCUCUCAAUCCGCUGACAAGAUACUCGCGUUGUACCCAGACGGAUUUAAAGGAGAAGCCUCUCGACCAGUUUGACAGAUGGCUUCUGCUCCGUGCAGAAGAAUUUGGAACGCUCCCAGUCGAGCUCGAAGUCAAGUGCCAGGGAGAAAACUGCCAGGAAACAAAGACAGUCAAAGCACGGUGGACCGGCCACACGACGCCAAAAUUUGUGGUAGCCGUGCACCCCUGCGUUAAAUCUGGCCUAAGAACAAAUUGGGUACCUACCGGCUACCCAACCAUUCACUCGGCGAAGCUCAGCACGCUGUGGAAGAGGUUUCGUGAAGCCCAGGGGUUCGAUGUUACUUGUUACCCCCGCAGACCCGAUAUUUACUUCAACACAAGUCUCGGUAUUUCUGGCCGGAUCGCCGCUUUGAUUGAGGCCCAAAGGUUGAUUGAGGCCGAUGGAUUAAUUGAACGGAAGAGGAAGGCCGACAAGAUGGGCGAGGCUUAG